AUGAAUGUCUCAUCUGCUAGUGUGCCUCGUGCGCAUCGCCAUCAUAAUCAUCAUCAUCGCCAUUCACAGCAGCAACCAGUAGCUUUACUCGGGUCCCCGGGUCCCGCAUCUGCUCCCGCAACACCGAAGAGUAGACAAGAGGGUUCUCGACGUCCAGCCCGUCGUCCGAUCUCAUUCAACUCGAAGAUUGGUUCUAGCCCGUGCUAUGCUGGUUCAAAAUUCAGCGACUCGCCUACUGCACGCGCUAUCCCACUUCCACCUACAGAAUGGAUCUAUGAGGCCUACAAUUCUCAAUCAGACACCAGCUCAAUGAGCAGUGGGUCUUUCGUGGGAGCAAACAGUGACGUGGAAACGAGCUCAAUCUGUUCAAGUGCACCAUCGUUGAGCGAUGUUGUGGAGUCGCUGCAUCAUAAGGCAUUCCUGAGGAUCAAAUGGCAUGGCCAUGUCCUCCUACAUCAUGUAGAAAAUGCGUACGACACCGAAUAUUUCGCUUCGCCACAUUUUUUUUUUGCUCGCCGCUUAGCGGCAUACCCGUAA